CCCUCUUCCCACCGCGGCGCUUCCGGCGGCGGCCAUGGACACCCGGGCGCCUCCCGUUCCCAUGGAGCCCGCGGUGGCGGCCAUGCUCCGGCUCCAAGGCCAUGAUCCGGACGCGGUAGCCGGCCUCAUCGCCGACGUGCUCACCCACGUCCACUGCGCCCUCCCGGACCCGCCCACCUCCGUCGACGCUCGCCUUUUCGCCCUCCUCCCCUACGACGCCGUCGACCGCGUCAGCAGCCUCCCCGACGUGCUCCUUGGAAACAUCGUCUCCCGCCUACCCAUCAAGGACGCCGCGCGCACGGCCGCGCUCUCCCGCCGCUGGACCGGGGUGUGGCGCUCCGCCCCGCUCGUCCUCGUCGACUCCCACAUCCUCCCUGCCGGCGCCGCGAUCGGGCGCGCCGACACGCGGCGCGUCACCUCCGCCGUCUCCUGCGUCCUCGGCGCGCACCCGGGGCCGUUCCGCUGCGUCCACCUCACCAGCAGCUACAUGGAGGAGUUCCAUGGCCUGCUCACGCGCUGGCUCCAGACCCUCGCCGUCAAGGGCAUCCAGGAACUGGUCCUCGUCAACCGCCCGUGGCCGCUCGACCUCGUCCUCCCGGCCACCUUCUUGAGCAUGACCACCCUCACCCGCCUCUACCUCGGCCUCUGGAAGUUCCCCGGCACGGCCGGCGUCCCGCGCGCCACCUGUUUCCCCAACCUCCGUGAGCUCGGGUUCAGCACCGUCAUCAUGGAGAGCAGGGAUUUGGACUUCAUGCUCGACAGGAGCCCCGUGCUGGAGACGCUCUGUGUCGGAGGGAACAUGUUCAAGCUUCCCCUCCGCCUUGUCAGCCAAAGCCUCCGGUGCAUCAAGAUCACCGGGUGCUCCUUUGAAGAAAUCUCUGUGGUGGACGCCCCACGCCUUGAGCGACUCAUCUGUUCAGCAUGUUUGCCCGGCGGCGCGGUCUGCACCAGGGUGAAGAUCGGCCAUGCCCCCAAGCUGGACUUGUUGGGAUACUUGGAUGCACGAAGACAUGUCCUAGAGGUCGGCAAGACCGUCAUCAAGGCUGGGGUAAAGGCAAGCCCAAGCACCAUGGUGUCAAGUGUGAGGAUCCUGGCUUUGGAGGUGUGUUUUGGUGUCCGGAAUGAUGUCAAGAUGAUCCUAACUGUCCUAAGAUGCUUUCCCAACAUUGAGACGCUCCACAUCAUGUCUGGAGAAACUGAUCAGCCCUUGGGCAAGCUCAACCUCAAGUUGUGGAAUGAGUUUGGUCCCAUAGAAUGCAUCUGCUCACGCAUCAAGCUGCUGGGUUUCCAUGAUUUCCGAGGGGAUCGAAGUGAGCUUGCUUUCCUCAAGUUUUUCGUUGGGAGGGCUUUGGUGCUGAAGGAGGUGAUGAUAGUGUCAAGUUUCACUUCCAAGGAGGAUGCGCGUUCCAAAGUGUUGCCUCUCUUGUCCAUGAAAUGGGUCAGUGCAGGCACCAAAGUCUUUGUCCACUGUUCUAAUCGUCAAAGCAACAUUCGGAGCUUCAAGAGAGCAUCGGAUUUUUCUCUUGGCGACCCUUUUGUGGAAUGCUGAAAUCAAAGGUGCCUAUUUAUUUCCUGCGAAGCAAAUUGCUCUGGAAGUUGUUUAAGUUCCGUUGUCGCAUAAUGGAUAUGCACUAUUUUCAGCUUUUUGAUUUUCUGCCCUGGCUCUUGUUUCUGCAAACAUGAUUAGCUUAAGUGUCUAACUUAGUAGUACUGUUCUCAAUUAUUCAAACGACUACAUGUUCUCGGACGGCAAUUAUGGGGCAUCUACUAUACAUGCACUGUUUCAGUCUGUUGUUGUUCUGCCCCUGCUCUUGUGUCUGCAAACAUGAUUAGCCUAAGUGUCGAAGCUAGUAGCUGCAAAUGACUACCAUUUUGUGGUAUGUGGUAUAAUAUACUGUUUUUCUGGAUUA